AUGCCCGACGAGGAGGAGAACACCGACGUCGAGGGGACCGCCACCAAAUUCGAUGCACCGCCCGAAGAUGCUGGUCAGCCACUGGCGCGCGAUGCGGAUGAGGAGAUUUACCGGGUCGGCAAAACCGAGUUGGCGCCUGCAACCCGGUGCACUGACGAGGAGAUUGCCGAAAAGCGACAAUUCUGGCGGAAACGGCUCGCCGAUGGGCCAAUCAAGUACAUCGUCGCGCCGAUGGUUGACCAGAGCGAACUGGCCUUCCGGAUGAUGAUGAAGGCUCACGGGGCCCACCUCACCUUUACACCGAUGAUCCACGCGCACCUGUUCGUCAACGACACGACGUAUCGCCGGAAUGCGCUCUCCUUCUGCGCCAAGGAUCGCCCGCUUGUCGUGCAGUUCUGCGCCAACAAGCCGGACACGUUUUUGGCGGCAUGCCGCCUCGUGGAGGGCUACUGUGACGGGGUCGACCUGAAUCUCGGUUGCCCACAAAUGGUCGCCAAGCGAGGACGGUACGGCUCUUAUCUGCAGGAUGAGGUGGACCUGAUUUGCACGAUGGUUCGCGGGGUGCGAGACUAUUGCCGUCUGCCCGUAUCGUGCAAAAUUCGAAUCCGCGAGUGUCGCCAGCAGACCGUGCAAUACGCACGGCGAUUGGUCGACGCCGGCGCUUCGAUGUUGACGGUGCACGGCCGGACGAGGGAGAUGAAGGGCGCCGAGACCGGGAUUGCCGACUGGAGCCGCAUCAAAGACGUCGUCGACGCCGUGGAUGUGCCAGUCAUUGGGAAUGGCAAUAUACAGAUGGCCGGCGACGUGGAGCGGUGUAUGGCCGAAACGGGCGUCGUUGGCGUGAUGUCGGCCGAAGGUAUUCUCAACAACCCACUCCUCUUCACCGGCCAACAAAUGGAGAGCUCUCGGGUUGCCGAACAAUAUCUGGAAUUCGCCAAGAAAUUCGAGGCGGGCGUGUCGGCCAUUCGAGCACACAUUUUUCGGAUUUGCCAUCACAGUAUGCUCGAGUACCCGGACCUCCGAAAACGACUGGGCGUCGUCUUCCGGAUGGCCGAUUUUGAUGAAAUCGUGGCCGAGCUGCGCGCAAGGACCACGCCCAUCGCCCUGGAGCCCGACAAUGUGGCCCGUGUCCAAAAGGCGGCCGCGCUUUUUGAGGAGAUACGAAAUGGACAUCGCACGCUGGACAUUGUCCAGGUGGCUGGAACCCCACACUGGCUGGUGAAGCCCUAUUUCCGGUUGGCCGAGCUGGCGAAGGAACGGCAAGGCGACGACGACGACGGCCCGACGUACAAGGAGAAGCGAAAGGAGGAGCUGAAAGAGCUCGCUGAAAAACACGGGCUUUCGCUCAAACAAGUCCGAAAACGGGAGCGCCGCCAAAUCUCGAUGGAGCGCAAAUUUCAUCGGACGCAACAAUCCAAGUACACGCCGUGCGCGCGUUGCGGACAACCAUCUGGCCAAGGCUGUGCGGGGAUCCACUGCCGAAAGUGCUGUCGAUGGACGUGCAAACGGGACAACGCCGAUUGCAAGACGCAUCGCUACAAAUUCUCGCAUCUACUCCUCGCCGUCCCAACCCUACCAGAAGCCCCCGACCACGAGGAGCAUGAAGCCGAUGCC